GUGUAGGUAAGCUGAAACGCUGCUGUUGGAAGCAGGGAUUGUGGGCAUCAGUACCGGUAGUCACGAGGACUGGAAACGCCACUUCUGCGGCCGGGGCGACGAGGAGAUCGAGGGGAUCCGAGCCGCGGGCUCACGGGACGGCCAUCGCGACCCCGCUCCUAUCACGACCCGCCCCGGCCAUCGCGACCCCGCUCCUAUCACGACCCGCCCCGGCCAUCGCGAUCCGUCCCUGCAACACAACCCCCCAUCACGACCCCUCCCUUCCAUCAGGACCCCUCCUAUCACGACCCCUCCCAUCACGAUCACGCCCCCCGUUCGUGCCGCGCUGCGGGCGGCGGCCCCGCUCGGCGGCGCGGAAGGGGCGGAGCUGCCGCCCUAUGGCGGCGGUUUCGGGGCCCGCCGGCAGCGCGGCCGGCCGCAGCAGCGUCCCCAGGGCGGGCAGCCGGUGGAGGUCGCGGCGCCGCGCUCCGUCCUACUGCGACGAGUCUCUGUUCGGCAGCCGGCGCGGGCAGCCGGCCCGGGCGCCGCGGAUGGGGAGAGCGGACGUGGCCAAGCUGCACUCCCUGCUCUGGAGCCCGCCGCCGGCCCCUCGCCGCCAGCCCGGCCCCCCCUCCGGCCCCGCGAGCGGCCCCCCGCCGCCAGACCCCGCGGGCUCCGGGACGGCUCGGCGGGGCCGGCCGGGCGUCUGCGAGCAUCUCGAGGGCUGCGCGGGCGCCGGCGGCCGGGCCGCUCCUCCCGGAGGAUGCUCGCGGUCCCUCGGCCGCCCGAACGCCUCCUCGGAUCGGCCUCGCCUCGCUCCGGGCCGCGCCGAGGCAGAAAGGCGUGAACCGCGGCGCCGUCCUGCGGCAGCCGCCGCCCCUCCGCCCGCGGCCCAGUCGAAAAGCGCGUGCGGGCGCUGCGCCGGGAGCUGCGCGGCGGGACGGGGCUGCGAGGCCAAGCCUCCAUGGCGGUAAAACGAGAGCUCGCUCCGCGAGCGCGCGGCCCUCGCGGACGUGAGCCGGGCACCGACCGCCCGGCGAGGACUCUGCCGGGACCCGGGCCCGAUGGAGGCCGCGAGCGGGGCUGCGCCAUGGGGAGGAUGAAGGAAGCGAUCGCAGCGCUGGAAGGACGGCGAGCCGGGCGGGAGGCGGUCCUGCGGAAGAGCGGGAUGUCGGCUGUGGUGAUGUCCGGCUGUGGUGGCGAUGGCAAUCUCCACCAACCAGCAAUCUUCUGAAAAGAUGAGGUAACCAGUCCGAUUCCUUUUGCCGGGGUGUCUGGCCAGGAAGGCAGAGCCCCGGGGGAUAGGACCUCCUCCAGCAGACGUCCAGCUGCAGGAGGAGGCUCGACUGCCGGUCCAUCGUGGCUCAGGCUGGGGUGCGGAACUCAGGUGGAGCUCCAGGAGCAGCUGACGCCAGCAAGGUUCUGGAGACGCUGGGUGAAGAGUCCGGAGGGCAGGAAGCGUGAGGGGCAGCUGAGGUUUCUUUUGGGUUGCCGGGUGGAGUCAGGAGUUGGACCCGAUAAUCCUUGUCCUUCUGACUCAGGAUAUUCUGUGAUCCUUGGCAACCCCUGAUUUCGACAGCUUCUGGUGAUUUGGGAGUGCUGACUUGGACGCUUUGUGUCAAAAAACAUGAUUCAUAUUGAAGGUUAUGAGUACUGCUGCAGCAGGGCAGUAUUGUAACCAAAUAAAUGAUCGAAGGGAAACUUUCUGAGGCCUGUGUUUUGUAUGCAGGGCGGUGGGUGAUCUGGCCCUGACAGCGAGCCCAGGCCUCCCUCGGCACAACUCACGCCUUCAAAUGUUUCAGCAAAACCACUCCUCCCCACUUUCUGUCCCACAGGUGGUAAAGAGUAACUUGGUCUUCAGCAGCGCUUAAAGGAGUGCCUCUAAAAAAAGCAUCAAGGAAUGCAGGUAGCGAGGGAGAGUCUGCUAGUUCCCCUCCCCCACCAGAGAAACAUUCUGUCAAAUCCAGUCGAGAACAACGCAGUCCGGGACAAGCACAGUAUGAUUCUCCUUCAAAGCCAGCUGGGCCUUCUUGGUGCAGAGUGUUCAGCACUCAGCCUGCUAAGGCAGCAGCUGCAAACUGGAGAGCCUCCAGCAGGUGCCCUGCACGCCUAUGUGGAGGGAUCCUGCCAGCUAUCACAAAACCUGGUUGAACUGCACGUGGCUGCCGGAUUGAGCCUUUCCAGAGCAAUCAAAGCCAGGAAACGAGCCUCGAUUGGAUAUUUCAAGAGGCGCUUGUCCAAAUACCUUCGUGCUUCUCUGAGCUCCCCCAGUUCCUUAUCGUUUGGAGGCACUAUGGGCACUGACUCGAAUUUGAGCCCGAUAAGCUUCAUCGGAUACUGGGGCAGUGAUACAGGCUGUUAGGUCUGCAGUUCUUCCAAGGGACUGAGAGGAGCAGAGGUGCGAUCUGGACACUAGAUGGAGACAGCAGGAUUAAGAAUUGACACGAGAGCCCCGUUCCCUAACAGCGGGCGGAUGCUGGGAAGCAAAUUAACGAACUGAAUGAAGUAACUGUCCUGAAACCGCCCGGGAGAACUGCUGAACCGAGAGCAGGACGCAAAGCGCAGUGCCGAAGAACCUGAAGGACGGAGCCUCUGAAGCGAAGAGACUUUAUCUAAGGGAACGGGUUUUUGGUGGCUCGGCUCAGCACCGGCCGCUGUGCUCAGACGCCCGCCGUGCGCUCACGUUUCGCCCUUCCUUUGCCCCAGCCCCACCCGCUCUCUCAGGAGCGCGCCAGCUCCCGUUUAGGGCGCCGCUCAGCCUCCCGGCCCAGCCGUCCCGGCCCCGCGCCCCGACGCCCACCCGUCACGCGGCGGUACGCGCGGUCAGC